CCAGCCCUGUCCCUUGCAGGUGAGUGAGCAGUUUGCCCGCUACCUUGACGUGCAGAUCCAGGAGCUCCGCAGGGCUGCGGGCAGCACGGGGCCUCUGGAGCGGCUGCAGCAGUUCUUGGAGCCCUUUGUCGUCUUCAGUGGCCUGGAGCUUGCCCACAGCUUUGAACACUUCUACAGGCUCUACCUGGGGGACCGGCUCCUGACGCAAGGGCCGUCUUGGCUGGAAGGAGGCAUCGUGGAGCAGAUAGGGCUGUGCUUCCCCAGCCGCUUUCCCCAAGAUAUGCUGAGCAACUUGGCCCAGUCGGAGGAGCUCCAGCGGCAGUUCUGCCUCUUCCAGCUGCAGGAGCAGGAUAAGCGGCUGCUGGAGCUGGACACGGGCCUGGACGAGGUGCUGGGAAGAGCCUCAGUGGCAGAUGUGCCAGAGGUGAAGGUGCUGGCCCUGUCCCCGCGCUGCUGGCCUGUUUCCCCGCUCUGUUACAUGGAUAACCCUGCGAGGUUUUUCCCGGCGGAGCUGAGCUCCCCACUGGAUGAGUUUGCUGACUUCUGCCGGCAGAGCCAGAGCCAGCUGGGCUGGGAGUGCACAAAGCCCCGUCGGCUGCAGUGGACGUGGCUGGGCCACGCCGAGCUGCAGUUUGGAGACUGCGUUCUGCACGUGUCCACACUACAGAUGUACAUCCUGCUGUGCUUCAACAGCGCCCAGGAGGUGGCUGUGGAGGCCCUGCUGCAGGCUACAGGGCUUCCUGCUGACCUGGUGCACCACGCACUGACACCACUGACCCACGGCCAGGGUGUCCUGGUGGGGAGCUGCACUCUGGGGG